UCCUUAUGGAAAAUUCAAUUGGCAAAUAGGGCCGUCCUUUCGGCGUUGUUGAUCCUUUUGAAUCCAUGGUAGAGCCUAACACUAGGGGGGAAAAAAUUACGUUUUAAGUAAAUCCUACUGCUCUCAGGAAAAGAGUCUAUUAUCUUUCCAAUUGAUGUGAUUUUUAUGAAUUCUCAUCUUUUCACUGGAAACACCCCUCUAUUCUUCAUUUGAAUGGUUUUUCCUUUACACCGCCAUGUUGGAUGGAUAUAUCGAUGUAGCAGCUGGAGUUCCGAAUGAAAGUUUAGAAUUUGCACACUGCAAAGGUUGGGUUUCACACGGAUUCUUCGAGGCCCUUGGGGCAUGGUGAGGUUGUUAUCCAACAAGCAGGAUUUACAAAUAUUUCAUUUUGCAGACCUUCUUCCUUAAACAACGUUAUGAAAUGGUCCGGUGGCAGGCCAUGUUGACUAAAGUCUGUAUGCAUUUGAUGUAAUAUUCAAGAGCAAAACAAUUAAUAUUAUUAGUUGAGAUUAUUUUCGAAAAUGAAUAACCAUCCUCCGCAACGGCGGGUUGGAAAUAUUGGAUCCAUACUACUCACCCCGCAAGAGAACGAAUGCCUCUUCAACUACCUGGGCAGAAAAUGCAUUGCCUUGUGCUCUGCAGUGGUCCAGGUGUAUGGGGCAGACAGGAGCUUGUCCUGGGUGAAAAGGUGCUGUGGAGUGGCCUGUCUCAUCAAGGAUAACCCGCUGAAGUCCUACUUCAUCAGGGUUUUUGACAUUAAGGAAGGGAAAACCAUGUUUGAACAGGAGCUCUACAACAACUUCUCAAUCAACAGCUCUAGAUCAUAUUUCUUUUCUUUUGCAGGCGAUAACUGCCAGGUGGGGCUGAACUUCGCAAGCGAGGAAGAGGCCAAGCGAUUUAGAGCUGCGCUUAACGAUUUGCUCAGCAGACGGCAACGUAAAACAGAGAAAAGACGUGACCCUGCAAAUGGCCUGGCUCUCCCCAUGGCCACAGUGGACAUCAAGAACCCAGAGAUCAACAAUGUUCGCUUCCACAACUCCCACCACCAGCAGCCUUCCCAGCCCCACCACAUCAACAACAUGCUGCACAGCAGCCUCAGCAAGAAGGAGAAGAAAGUCAAGGGCAAGAGGAAGAAGCUCACCAAGGCAGACAUAGGCACCCCCAGCAACUUCCAGCACAUCGGUCAUGUGGGCUGGGACCCAAACACCGGCUUCGAUUUGAAUAACCUGGACCCUGAGCUGAAGAACCUGUUCGACAUGUGUGGCAUCUCUGAGGCUCAACUCAAAGACAAGGAGACCUCCAAGGUCAUCUACGACUUCAUCGAAAAGAAAGGAGGCGUUGAGGCCGUCAAGAACGAACUCCGAAGGCAAGCCCCGCCCCCGCCUCCCUCUCGGGGUGGCCCCCCUCCCCGGCCCCACAGCUCAAGUCCUGCCCCUCCACCCCCACCAUUGCGCGGUGGCCGGGGUGCCCCGCCGCCGCCUCCCCCCUCUCGGGCCCCAACCUCUGCCCCUCCCCCACCACCCCCUUCCAGGCCUGGUACCCUAGGAGCCCCCCCACCUCCUCCCCCUCCGCCCCCCACCAGAGGUAGCCACGGCCACCAGCCACCUCUUCCCCCUCCGCCCUCGCACGCUGCCCUCGCAGCCCAGGCCCCGCCGGCGCCACCGCCUCCACCCUCAGCAGCCCCACCCUCCGGAGGCGGGGUGACACCUCCUUUGCCUCCUCCCCCGCCCCCACCUGGACCGCCGCCUCCUCCAGAGGUGAACUGUGGGGUGGUGUCGCCGCACUCUCCUCCAGGUUCGGGGGGUAAGUCGGCCCUGCUGGAGCAGAUCCGUGGCGGCACCCAGCUCAAGAAGGUCGACCCACCGGCUCCCAAGCCACCGGCCACUGUGGUGGGGCGGGAUGCGUUGCUAGACCAGAUACGGCAGGGCAUCCAGCUCAAAACCGUCCCAGACAGUCCAGACUCUGGCUCCCUUACACCAGCUCCCUCGGCAGGCAUAGUGGGGGCUCUUAUGGAAGUAAUGCAGAAGAGAAGCAAAGCCAUCCACUCCUCCGAUGAAGAUGAAGAUGAUGAUGAUGAGGAGGAUUUCGAGGAUGAUGAGGAAUGGGAUGACUAGUUUUGUCUCUCCUUCUGCUCCUCCCCAACACAACUGACACUAGACUGAUCCUAAAAACCUGACUAAAAGUUUAAUGUAAAUGUUAUGUGAAUUUGCUGUAUAUUUAUUGUUGCCUUUUUUUAUUAACCUGUGCAAUACCUUGUUCAUUUAAUAUGUAAAGUUUUGUCACACCCUCAGUAGAGUAUCUUUGGUAAACUUUUCCUGGGACUCUGUCAUUAGAACACUCACAUAGCUGUUAAAAGCAUGACAUAAAUAUUAAAAGCUGACAUGCUUAAGCUAACUACUGCUGCAUGUGACGCCUGUCAUAAGCUCAUACAAGGUGUAAUUAUUACCAAUGACACCAGGGGGCACAAAUGGACAAGGAGCCAGACAGCCCAGCGGAUGUAUACAUGCGAAACAUCAGGUUGUCAUUUCCACUCCCCAUGGGAAGAGAAAGGCUUGGCCUGCCUGGCCACUGGGCUAUGGAGCUAGAUGAAACUGGGCUGACAUUUAGCCGAUUGUUGUCAUCAAUAGAAAACAACUGUGCUUUAUGAAAGAUAUAUUUACCCAAAAAAUAAUGGUGUUAAGGAUUGCAGGGUAAAUUGUUCACAAAUUCCACAUACAAGGUGUUUCCUUAACGGAACAUGCUAGAAAGGUGCCAGUAUUACCUAAAAGGAUUACAGUGGCUCAUGAUUGGCUCGGCCCAUCUUUGUCUGGUUUCUGUUCAGGAGGUUGCAAUGUCACAGAACGUCUACAUAGAAACGCAUCGUGUAGAUUUGAUGAUGGUCUGACCUCAAGAUUCUUUUACACAUCAGCAUUCCUGUCUGCACAUUUGAAACAGAUGGCCAAGUCAUGUUUGUGACAACCUCUAGACACUAUAGCAACCGGUUCAUGUGAUACACUAUCUUCUGAAUUAACCAUAGGAGUUGUAGUUGGGAUGUAUUACUGGUGUCAUCUUCAAUGUUGUGUUUCCCUGUCUGUAAAGAAACUGAGAUGUGUUACAAACAGACAAAAUCCUCUUGUAUCCCGAUUAUUAGUUAAUGCAAGAUAACACUAUUUUUUUACCAUUCUUUUGUGUAGCUUCGAUUUUCUUAAUGAGAUCCUACUUUAGCACAGUUAUUUUUUCAUAAAAAGUCAAUUUACUAGAAUUGUAAGCCCAAAGGAAGUCACAGAUGUGUUAAUUGCUAGUAAUUCAGCCUUAGGAAAGUAUUUAGAUCAAUUCACUUUCUCCACACUUUGUGUUAUAGACAUUUCUAAUUGAUUUCAUUUAGAGCCAGUCACUUUCUCCACACUUUGUGUUAAGGAUAUUUAUAAUGUAUUACAUUUAGACCCAUCAACAUACGCACAUUAAUCCAUGUAACACAUUUUUUGAAAUGUGUGCCAUUUUAGGUUUUUUUACAUUUUCAAACCCUUUGUUCACAUCAUACUUUGUGGGAGCGCCUACUUGGGUGGUCCCAACCAGAUUUGCACACCUGGAUUUGGGCAGUUUUUGUACAGUAGAUCCCCUCCAGCUCCAUCAGAUUGGAUGUGGAGUGUUGUUGAACUGGGAUCUUAAGGUCUACCGAUGUUCAUUUGGAUUUGGCUGGGCCAUUCAAAGACAUUCACAGACUUGUCCACUCAAGAGUUGUCUUGGCUGCCUGCUUUGGGUUCUUGUUGUGCUGAGAGAUGAAUCUUCACCUCAAUCUGAGGUCCUGCACGCUCUGAAAAAGGUUUUCUUCAAGGACCUCUCUGUGCUUUCCCUGUUGAUUUUUUUUUUUUCCCCAUCUUCAAUAAAUUGCAACUAAUUUCUUUAUCAA